AUGGAGGACAACCAAAUCAAGACUAUCGUGAGGGUAAGGCCUCGACUACUGCGAGAGCAGGAUCAGCGAAACCUUAUAUCUAUGACUGCUGCAACGACGACGAUUGAAGCUCCACCGCAGUCAGCAUUUCACGCCAGAUGGAAACAAGGUGACACCGCGUCGAAAACAUACACUUUUGAUAAACUGGUAUGGUCAUGUGAUCCAGAAUCGGCAAAUUUUAUUGAUAAUAAAGAGUUCUAUCAGUUGACCGGACGUGAAUUGUUGGAUCAUGCGUUCCAGGGAUAUAAUGUAUGCUUGUUAGCAUACGGUCAAACGGGAUCAGGUAAGACUUACACCAUGCUGGGUACUGCCGAUACUCCUGGACUUAUACCGCAGCUUGUACGUGACAUUAUUGGGCAAAAAGAGAUACUUGUGGGUCAAGGAACCGAUUGUACCAUCCGGAUUCUGGCUUAUGAGGUUCACAAUGAGAAAGUCCAUGACUUGCUUGGUGUUGACGACAAAGUUCGGUUGAAAGUGAGAGAGCAUCCCCAGACGGGUCCUUACGUCGAAGGAUGUAAUGAGAUAGUUGUUAACAGCGAGGACGAUUUCACCCGUCAUUUCGCCAAAACUCUCAGAAACAGAACUACUGCGUCAACGCUCAUGAACGAUCAAUCGCUGAGAUCACACGCUAUAAUUUCACUUACUAUCAAGCAAACGAUAUACUGCAGUCAAGACAACGAGCUUGGUGAUGCCAAAGAAGAAAUUGUCAGUAAUAUGAAGUUGGUCGAUUUAGCAGGACUGGAACGCCUUGAUCGUACCAAAUUACAUGGUCAGCAAGACCGAGUGAGGGAAGGGCUGUUGAUCAAUAGCUCUCUCACCACUUUAGGUCGUUGUGUGAACCUGUUGGCUCUGGCUGACAAUCUGGUGGUGCCCUAUCGAGACUCUGUCCUCACCUACUUGCUCAGAGAGAACUUGGGGGGCAACUCAAAGACGCUGAUGGUGUUUUGCAUUUCUCCAUGUGACUUUGAGGAGACAUACCAUACUUUAACAUAUGCCAGUCAAGUGAAGAAGAUAAAGACUAAGGCGCGCUCGAACGCGAAAAAGCUUCUGGUACUGGACUGGACGAAGCUUCGGCUGGCCGAAGAUAAUGUCAUUGCUCGAUUACGCCAACAGGUAGAGCAGCUCACAUCACAGCUGACUCAGCAGCAACAGCUGGCGGCGCAAUUGAUCUCCACUCUCGAGAACGAGCUCGAACGGGUUCAGUUUGAAAACAAAUUCAUCAGGCAACAAGUGUCAGCUAAAAACUCCCGGCUUCGGCAAGCGUUAUCGGUUGUUAAAGCUGCCCAGCAGUCACACGCCUCACUUGAUCUGCAUUGGGAUCUCGGUCGGCGUCGGUGCCGGCUGCGACUCACUCAACUUACCCAAGACGCCACAGCAAAACUCGAGGAUAUAGACGAGUGUUUAGCCCGCCACCAUCCUCGAUGGCUUGAUCAGGUUGAGUCUGCCUCUAGCAUUAAUUAA